CGCAGCGUGCACCGCACCCUCGUCAUCCAGGAUUCACCAUCACCCUCUUUCUUACGUCUGAAGUAUCAAAAUAAACAUCGCGUCGCGUCGAACGUGCUUCAAUGGUUAUUAUAUUUUGCCAUUGCAUUUAUCACUACCACCUGGGAGAGCCUUCACUGACAGUUGAUCCAUAUGCAGCAUCAUCCCGCGCAUCAGCAAGGGCCUCCAGCUCCCCACCACCUCCAACAACCACGACCCUCGAGCAUUGUACACCAGCACCAUCAACAGGUUGCUCCUCCUCCACCGCAGCAGCAACACUCAGGACCGUACGCGUCCCAGCACGGUCUCCCACAAUACGCUCAAAGCGGCCCAGGACCCAGCGGACAGCAUCCCCAGGAGAUUCCAUACUACACCUCCCACCCGAGUCCAUAUAGUACACCCAGUGCAUCUGGUACAUACUCAUCUGCAGCUCCAGAAACUCCAGACAUCAUGGCGGCCGCGCAAAUGACGCGCCCUUACCCCCCAAUCUACCAUACUCCGCAGUCAAACUCUCCCGCAUCAGUUGCAUCUCCAUCUGCACACGAACAACACAGAAUGUAUGGCGCGCCAACUUCGCAGUUACAGCAGAAUCCUCAGAUGUACUAUGCAGGCCCUCAGCAGCAAUACCCUCCAAUGCCACCUCAAGGAGCCCCUUCAUACGCGCCACAACCACAUCAGCAGCAACAGCAUCAUCAAUCGAUGACUUCUCAGCCAAAUUUGCUCAUGUCUCACAAUUCGGGCCAACACCAGAUGCAACAACACCCAAGUCAACAUCCUCAGCAGGGUAUGACGGGUAGCCCAAGAACCAAGAUGGAGCCACAUGUCCCACAGAUCUCACGACCAGCUCCUCCUCUUGGUGCUCCUCAACAGCAGCAUCCUCAGAAUGGGCCUCCAAUGAAUCAGAACAACGUUCCGGGCGGAAACAGUGGAGUCAACCCGAACGCGGCACCAGGUCCCAUUCCAGCAACUACACCACUGGUUGUGCGACAAGAUAACAAUGGUGUGCAAUGGAUUGCGUUUGAGUAUUCUCGUGACCGCGUCAAGAUGGAAUAUACCAUCAGAUGCGACGUGGAAUCUGUCAACGUUGACACAUUGAGCUCCGAGUUCAAGACUGAGAACUGUGUCUACCCUCGAGCAUGUUGCAGCAAAGACCAGUACCGAGGCAAUCGAUUGGUUUACGAGACUGAGUGCAAUACUGUCGGUUGGGCUUUGGCAGAGUUGAAUCCGUGUCUGCGUGGAAAGCGAGGUCUCAUUCAGAGAGCCGUCGAUAGCUGGCGCAACAGCAAUCAAGACCCUCGAUUGCGGAGUCGACGUGUGCGCAGAAUGGCCAAGAUCAACAAUCGAAAAGCGGUUCAAGCGGCUACACACACUCCUCACAUGGCAGGUCCCAGUGGUCCGACAGGGAUGCCUCCAUCGGGAAACAUGGGCCCAGGCGGUGCGGGUAACAUGGGCAAACCCAGCUUGAGUGGGAUGGGUGGUCCACAACUCCAUCAUCACCACAAUCACCCAGAUGGAAGCACGCAAGGAGGGGAUGAAGUCGGUAUGUUUCACCAGAUGUGAUGCUCGCUGUGAUACUUUUAUGUUACUAUUACCUGUGCUAUGAUACCUUUUGCGAAAAUACCUGUUGAGCGGGAGGGACACUAU